CUAAGAUGGCGGCGUGCCGCGUAUUCUAUGUAUAGGCGGUGAAGCCGAGCCGCGCAGAGGACGUUCCCAGGUGUCAGUUCGCUUGCCCGGUCUGUAAAGAUGGCGGCUCUCAGAGCUCUGGGCAGGCUGCGGGCACCUUCAGAGCUUUUCGCCGGCCGGUGGUCGAGGUUGGCACAGCCUGCUCGGUAAGUUAGCGGUGUGAGGAGUCACUGGGUGGGAGAUCCGUCCUGUUACCUGGAGGGGAUCUCAUUCCAUGGCUGGAGUGACCAAUGUCAGCAUUCACAGAGGGUACAUGGUGGUUAUGGUACAUGAGAAUAGCUCAUGGUGGACAGGAGGGCACUUUAUAUACCGGGUAAUCAGCCUGUCUGCAUAUACUGUAUAUACACUAUAUACCGGGUAAUCAGCCUGUCUGCAUGGACUGUAUAUACACCAUAUACCGGGUAAUCAGCCUGUCUGCAUGGACUGUAUAUACACUGUAUACCGGGUAAUCAGCCUGUCUGCAUAUACUGUAUAUACACUGUAUACCGGGUAAUCAGCCUGUCUGCAUAUACUGUAUAUACACUGUAUACCGGGUAAUCAGCCUGUCUGCAUAUACUGUAUAUACACUAUAUACCGGGUAAUCAGCCUGUCUGCAUGGACUGUAUAUACACUAUAUACCGGGUAAUCAGCCUGUCUGCAUGGACUGUAUAUACACUGUAUACCGGGUAAUCAGCCUGUCUGCAUGGACUGUAUAUACACUGUAUACCGGGUAAUCAGCCUGUCUGCAUAUACUGUAUAUACACUAUAUACCGGGUAAUCAGCCUGUCUGCAUGGACUGUAUAUACACUAUAUACCGGGUAAUCAGCCUGUCUGCAUAUACUGUGUAUACACUAUAUACCGGGUAAUCAGCCUGUCUGCAUGUACUGUAUAUACACUGUAUACCGGGUAAUCAGCCUGUCUGCAUGUACUGUAUAUACACUGUAUACCGGGUAAUCAGCCUGUCUGCAUAUACUGUAUAUACACUGUAUACCGGGUAAUCAGCCUGUCUGCAUAUACUGUAUAUACACUGUAUACCGGGUAAUCAGCCUGUCUGCAUGGACUGUAUAUACACUGUAUACCGGGUAAUCAGCCUGUCUGCAUGGACUGUGUAUACACUGUAUACCGGGUAAUCAGCCUGUCUGCAUGGACUGUAUAUACACUUUAUACCGGGUAAUCAGCCUGUCUGCAUGGACUGUAUAUACACUUUAUACCGGGUAAUCAGCCUGUCUGCAUAUACUGUAUAUACACUGUAUACCGGGUAAUCAGCCUGUCUGCAUAUACUGUAUAUACACUUUAUACCGGGUAAUCAGCCUGUCUGCAUAUACUGUAUAUACACUGUAUACCGGGUAAUCAGCCUGUCUGCAUGGACUGUGUAUACACUGUAUACCGGGUAAUCAGCCUGUCUGCAUGGACUGUGUAUACACUGUAUACCGGGUAAUCAGCCUGUCUGCAUGGACUGUAUAUACACUGUAUACCGGGUAAUCAGCCUGUCUGCAUGUACUGUAUAUACACUGUAUACCGGGUAAUCAGCCUGUCUGCAUGUACUGUAUAUACACUGUAUACCGGGUAAUCAGCCUGUCUGCAUGGACUGUAUAUACACUAUAUACCGGGUAAUCAGCCUGUCUGCAUGGACUGUAUAUACACUUUAUACCGGGUAAUCAGCCUGUCUGCAUGGACUGUACAUACACUUUAUACUGAAGGAGACGUCAUUUAGUGUGUAUAGGUUGCUGCAGACUACCCUGUCAAAUGCAUAGAAGGUGACAAUGAGUAAAUUAGACUGUAAUUAAUAAAAUGUUUUGUUCGCGCGUAACAUUGCGUGAGGCUCAAAAUGGGGGGUUCUAUUGGAGGGUGACCCUGCACAAGGUUCAAAAUGAGUGGAUUCUGCAGGGGGGGGGUCACUGCAUGAGGCGCAGAAUAGGAAAGGUGGUGUGCUGUAGGUUGAACCUGCGUGAGGCACCGAUAUAUAUAUAUAUAUAUAUAUAUAUAUAUAUAUAUAUAUAUAUAUAUAUAUAUAUAUAUAUGUGUAUAUAUGUGUGUGUGUGUGUGUACACACAUCCUGUUUUCCCAAAAACAAGACCAUAUUUUUGGGGGAUGCUCGUAAUGUAAGAUAUUACUGUCUCGUGCCUAGAUAUUUGCCAGCCAGUCGGUAUCUCAUAGUAAGACUAGUGAUAGGAAAAAUGAAGAUAGGAAAUGGAUUAAGUAUUAGUAUGUAUAAAGCAUUAAGGAAUCUGUUGACGCUAUAUAAAUGACAAUAAUAAUAAGCUCAACCCCGAAAAUAAGACCUUGUCGCUAGUCUACUAAUCAGUGUUCGGGGAAUUUUCCUCAAACAUAGAUUUGCGGGGUUCUAUUCGUGAGUUAACUAAUUUAUGUUCGGGGAAACUACCUCUAACAUUCACGGGAUUCAAUUCGCGAGUAAGCUAAUCUAUAUUCGGGAAAGUUUCUUCAAACGUAAAUUUGCGUGAUUACAUGCCCUAGUGAACUGGUCUAUGUUCGGGGGAAUGACUCCAAACAUAGACCUACUUUUUAACACAUGCUUGCUACUGUUUUCCCCCCAAAACAAGACAUUCUCCGAAAAUAGGCCCUAGUGGCCUAUUUUUCGUGGGAAUAAUUUAUAUAUGCGCCGUUCUUCUUUUCAGGGAAAGAGUGUGUGUAUGUGUGUAUGUAUGUAUGUGUAUAUGUAUGUAUAGAUGUAUGUAUGUGUGUGUGUGUAUAUGUGUAUGUAUGUGUAUAUAUAUGUGUGUGUGUAAAAAAUCCAUUUAUGCAGACUUGUGAGUAGACCUUUUAAGUUUAAAUAAAAAAAUAAAAAAUCUUUCAAAAACGGGUUGAUUAAUAUUCUGAUCAUAAAUUUGUUGAUACAUGGCCGAUGCAUUUAAUUCUUUCACCUUUUUAUUUACUUCAUUACUGUAGUCUAACUUUUCUGAAAUUUUUUUUUUAUGGAGUGCUUACCAUCACUAUCAUUUUAAUUGAGUAUGCUUAGGAGCAGGGAUGUAUACAAAUCAAAAAGGAAAAAUAAAUCUUCAUAUUUCUCUUAAUUAAAUGCUUUUGGAGGAAAAAAAAAAUCCAUCUAAAGAUAGUUUUCUAUAGAAGUUAACCCCUUAAGGACGGAGCCAAAUGUACACGUUGUGAACGAAACAAAAUGUAAACAAAACCUGGCAUUUGCGCUACAUGUCUGUCCAACCGUAAUACACCUCUUUCAUAGUAAAUGCACCCACCCUUAUUAUAUAUCAUUUUAUUCAGGGGAAACAGUGCUUUCAUUUAAUAUCAAAUGCUUAGCUAUGAAACAUAAUUUAAUAUGAAAAAAAUGGGAGAAAAUAAGAUUUUUUUAGUUCUACAUGACAUUUUAACUGUCAAUGUCAUAAUACUGUUUGCUUUUACUGCAAUAAAAUACACAUAUUUGUAUUCAGCAAAGUCUCACGUGUAAAACAGUACCCCCUAUGUACAGGUUUUAUGGCGUUUUGGGAAGUUACAGGGUCAAAUAUAGCACGUUACAUUUGAAAUUGAAAUUCGCCAGAUUGGUUAAGUUGCCUUUGAGACUGUAUAGUAGCCCAGGAAUGAAAUUUACACCCAUAAUGGCAUACCAUUUGCAAUAGUAGACAACCUAAGGUAUUGCAAAUGGGGUAUGUCCAGUCUUUUUUAGUAGCCAUUUGGUCACAAACACUGGCCAAAGUUAGCGUUAGUAUUUGUUUGUAUGCAAAAAAUGUCAAUUUUGGACAGUGUUUGUGACUAAGCGACUGUACAUACCCCGUUUGCAAUACCUUGGAUGGUCUACUAUUGCAAAUGGUAUGCCAUCAUAGGGGUAAUUUUCAUUCUUGGGCUACCAUAGGGUCUCAAAGGCAACGUAACCAAUCUGGCAAAUUUUAAUGUGAAAAAAAAAUGAAACACAAGCCUUAUGUUUGACGCUGUAACUUUUGAAAACACCAUAAAACCUGUACAUGAGGGGUACUGUUGUACUCGGGAGACUUCGCUGAACACAAAUACUUGUGUUUGAAAACAGUAAAAAUUAUCACAGCAAGAAUAUCGUCCGUGUAAGUGCUGUUUGUGCGUGAAAAAUGCAAAAAACGUCACUUUUACUGGCGAUCUCAUCGUUGUUAUACAUUUUACUGUUUUGAAACACUAAUAAUUGUGUUCAGCGAAGUCCCCCGAGUAGAACAGUACCCCCCAUGUACAGGUUUUAUGGUGCCUUGGAAAGUUAUAGGGUUAAAUUCCCUUUACUUUCGGCAUGGGUUGUCAGGCAGGUCCCGCUAAUUGUAAUUAAUUAAGAUACCCAAUUAUGUAAAAAUAUUACAUAAAUAUAUAUGUAGGCUCCCUGGGUAAGUAAGGAAAGACCGGAGGGCGUACUAUUAUGCCCGGCGGCGUUUAGAGCCGACUAAAAUAGGGCGUAAUAGUACGCCCUCCGGUCUUAAGGGGUUAAUGACCGGUGAAUCGCAUCUGCAGAUUUGUAGAAGCAAAUACAUGAACUUGUCUGCUAUGUAAUGUUAUUGGUUUAGUUAAAUACAACAAUUUAAGUUGUUUCUCAAAUACGAGUGAUUAACCUAUCAAAUUGGAGGUGGUUCACCUUGCAAUAAUUACUUUAUUAUCUCUCUCUUUCUAAUGCUAUAUAAUAAAAUACAUUCUUAUGAUUGUUAAACUAAUUAGAAAAGUUUAUUGUUGUGAAUAUGAAACCUUCAUCUGGUUGCAGAUAUUACAAUUAUUACAACUAUUAGUAAUGAGCCUGCUUACAAGUCUUUAUUGGGUCUUCCUACACAAAUUUCAGGACAAUUGGCAGAUGCCAUUUUCUGCUUGCGAUAUCGUAUCGUUCAAAUGUAAACACAGCAGACUGCCUGGAGAGAUACACGCAUGCAAUCUAUUGGUAAUAAAAGCUUUGCCUUGGCCCACAUUAUAAGUGUACAAGUCUGCUAGCCUAGGCCUAAAAGUUAUUUUGGGGCUUGUCUUAUCUGAUGAUUAUAGGCCUGAAUGUAUAUGACACCUCUGAAUAUUGGUGGUCCGAUUGAAUGACUUGUAUGCCAGCAUAUAUGAUAGUUGGACCUGCUACAUUUUUACUGCCUCCAACUCCAGUAACUCAAUAAUUGCUUCUGACUGCUUUGUGGAGGGUGAGACUUGCACAUACAGGAUGCUUUAUUUAUAUCUUUCUUUACAGUGGAAAACAAUGGCAGCCAGAUGUGGAAUGGGCAGAGCAGUAUGCUGGAGCUGUUAUGUAUCCCGAUGCCGUGACCAAGAAGUGGGUCCCGGCACCUUGGAAUGGUGAGACUUAAUGGUCACUUGGCCAUAAUCUGUGUUUACACUGUGUACUUGUGGCGUUCACACAAUUAAAUAUGUGCUGUGACACAUGUCUAAAUGAUGUGUUUUAUUUGGGCAAUAAUUUACUUUCAGAGUAUAAGCGAAUUCUGUUCUUUACUAACGUUCGUUCAGUGUCUCCUUUUGCACUGACACCUCCUCCUUAUGCCAUGUCUCAGUUGGAGUCCCCCAAGGAUCUGUUCUUGGUCCCCUUCUGUUCUUUAUACUGCCUCUCCUGGAAAACUCGUUAACUCCUUUUGGAUUCCGCUACCACCUGUAUGCCGACGACACCCAGAUAUAUCUCUCCUCCCCUGAUCUCUCCCCCGCGGUUCUACAAUGUGUCACUGCUUGCCUUUUUUUCAAUCUCUGAUUGGAUUUCCUCCCGCUUUCUGAAACUCAAUCUCUCUAAAACUAAGCUUUUUAUUUUCCCCCUCAUCUUACUAUGAGAUACCUCCUUCGCUUUCCCUGCAAGCUGAUGGUACUUGCAUCAGUCCAUCCUUGCAAGUUCGUUGUCUUGGUGUUCUCUUUGAUCCUGGCCUCACCUUUGCACCUCAUAUCCAGAAUGUUGCUAAACAUGUCGAUUCCACCUUAAUAACAUCGUCCGCUUCCGCCCCUUUCUCACACAAGAUGCUGCCCAGGAGCUUGUUCAUGCACUGGUAAUCUCUUGUAUGGAUUACUGGAAUUCUCUCCUAGUUAGUCUGACAAGAAGCCAAACUGCCCCACUACAAUCACCAAUGAAUGCUGCCGCCAGGCUAAUUAAAUUUAUUUUUUUAUUUUUAUUAUUUCUUUCUCCGCCGUCACGACUCCCUCAUCCCUCUGUCGAUCCUUACAUUGGCUUCCUGUAUCCUAUAUCUGUCAAUUCAAAAUACUAACCCUUGCCUAUAAAGCUCUAACCAACUGUAGCCUCUCUAGCCUUUCUUCGCGGAUUCAUAGAUAUGCCCCUUCUCGGUCUUUCCGCUCUUCUGGUGACCUCCUGUCCACUGCUCGCACCCUUAUUGCUAACGUGCGGGUGACUCCCUUCCUUUGGAACAGCCUACCCCCAUCAUUCUCUCUCUUAGACUUAAAUUGUUUAAGAAGUUCCUCAAAACACAUCUUUUCAGAUAUGCUUAUGGACUCCCAGAGUAACUUAUCUAUACUUAUCCAUAUCUGUCUCUUGCUCUCUUAAAGAGCCACGCUCCACUCUCACCUCCAACUCUGCUACUUUUCCACCUUGUUUGUUGGCGGUCACCCCUGCUUCCCUCUUGUUUAUUCAUCCCGCACCUCCUCUUGACUGUAAGCUCGUUUGAGCAGGGCCCUCAUCUACCUAUUGUUCCUGUGUCGCUGUGUAAUUGUCUCAUUUAUUGUAAAUUUCUCCCCUUUCAUAAUAUUGUAUAGCGCUGAGGAAUUAGUUGGCGGUAUAUAAAUACCAAUAAUACUAUAAAAUCAUUUCAGAGCUGCUAGCCUUCUCAUUGGAAAACGCUAAGCCACUCUAAGCUGGCAAGUGGUUUGUGAUUUUAAAUGUUUUAUUCUCAAACAGAUAAGGACCCACCAGUGGAAAAGAAUGUUUCAAACCUCACCAUCAAUUUUGGGCCCCAGCAUCCUGCAGCCCACGGGGUCUUGCGUCUUGUCAUGGAGCUCAGUGGGGAAUCUGUGAAGCGCUGUGAUCCACACAUCGGACUGUUGCACAGAGGCACUGAAAAGCUAAUUGAAUAUAAGACCUACCUCCAGGUAACCACUCUACGGAGUCUCCACACCAUACCUUCUGUGAAUGUUCAGUAAAAACUUCAGAUUUUUUUGUAUCUUAGGUUUUUUUGACUUGUAGACCCAUUAUGUCAUUGCACAACCCUGUUUUCCUUUCAUGAAUUGUGCUACACUAUGACAAAAUAAUGUUGUUUUCCUGGCACCUAAAGCCUGAUUCCUAAAGCCUGUGACUUGGUUAGCGUGAAUGAAGUGUUCCGCACUAUCCAUCCAAAGCUUUAAACUUUGGCUGAUAAUGAUGGGCUAGAGGCGGGUUAGUUUGGAGUUUAAGCCUAACAUUGAAGUCCAAGGCUGGACAAAUAGUACAAAACUUUUCAAAACAAACUCGAAUGGCAUCUUUUUAGAACUCCAUGACAUUGUUGAAUUGCAAGACCUUUCUUAGAUCAUAUACCGAGGAUCAGUAUUAUGUUUUGUCAGGAUCCUAUGUUUUUCUGUUUAGUUUUUUUUUUUUUUUCCAUUUCAUAAUUUUAGAGAUUUGUUCUUAUAUAUACUGAUCACAACAAAAACAGUGUAUUUUAAUAGAAUGGGAUGAUCUUGCUAAUAGAUACAGUGGGUUUCUGAUGUAGGGAUAUGACUUUAUAUUUUUUUAAAGUGGUAGGUGCCAUUAAUACGUUUAUGAAUACCUGAAAAACUAAUGCUACCCUCCUCUGGAGAACGCUGAAGGGCUCGUCCCAGACACAAGUAGGCAGUCCCUGUCACAAAAAUGAGGGGACUAUUAGAUCUAUAAUGAUGAUAGUUGAGGUUUUGAUAUCUUUUUAAAGAUGAAAGUGUUUAGGCCGAGAGUAAAGGAUUCUUGGAACGUCACACAUGAUGUCCUUUGAAGAUGCUGACAAUAGAUAUUAGAAUGCAAGAACUGGUUAUACAGCAGUUAUGGAUAGUAAUACAUUGGAUGGCAUAUCUAAUUAUUAUUUGGUGGAUAUAUUUCUCCAGGCUUUGCCAUAUUUUGACCGUUUGGAUUAUGUUUCUAUGAUGUGCAACGAGCAAGCUUUUUCUCUGGCUGUGGAAAAACUUCUGAAUAUCCGUCCUCCACUCCGAGCCCAGUGGAUCAGAGGUAAAGCUCCAUAUAUUGCUGUGCUUGUAAGCCUUCUUACAAAUUAGUACAUAGGGGCUCACAUGCCACAGUCUAUAAGCAUAUUUAACUUGCCACAAUUAAAGGUUCACUCCAAGCACCUUGACGCUUGCUACCCGCUGUUGUGGUUAUGGUGGCAGGAUUGCCUUAGUGUCUUUCAUGGGUAAGCAAAAAAAGAAUUUCUAGGCACCCAGAGUAUUAAAGCCGCCGACAUAUAUUUUAAUGAAACAAAAAAAGCAGCAAUAUUUCGACCUUCAUAGAAGGUUGAAACGUUGCUGCCUUUUUUUUUGUUUUAUUAAAAUCUGCCUGCGGCUUUAAAACUCUGAGUGCAUGGAAAUUCCUUUUUUGCUCACCCUUGAAAGGCACUUAACGUGUUGGGAUUGCUGGUCCUGUUCCAGAGCACCAGUGGCUGCUGGGAUUGAGUGCAAGGGUAAGCAGUCAAACCAUUUGGUAACAGAUUGGCAACUACUUAAGGUCCAAAUCAGCACGGAGUUUUAAACUGAUGAUGCAGUGAAUAAUACCCAGAUGACGCUCUCUCAGCCAAUGAGCAUAACAGGGCUCACUGAAUCUCGUAGAAGCUCCUAGUAGGAGAUUCUGUCCCCAGCAAUCCCUAGAUAGUUUGUCAAACCCUUCUUAAAUGCUUUGAGUACUUACUCUGAGAUGGUGCCAUGGCACUCCUGGUACCUUAGCUACUACUAUGGUAUCCUGUUUAACCAGUUUCCAUUAAAUUGUUAUUGGCCAACUAUCAAAAUACAGAUACUUUGCGUCAAAUAGCAGUCGGGUAUUUACAUUCCAGCUAAAAUGCUUAAAGCUGGUCAGUGAGUAGUGAUGCUCUGGUGUGUGGUUAUAUUUUUUUUUUUUGACAAUGAUGUCAAUGAUUGUCUAUUAACCUUUACAUCUAACUUUAAACUGUUAACUGAGUAAAAAGCAAGUCUCCAUCCAUCCCAUAUGUACAUGUAAUUCAUUUGUUGAGAAUGCCUUUCUUUUCAGUGCUUUUUGGGGAACUGACCCGCAUUAUGAAUCAUAUUAUGGCUGUCGCUUGUCACGCUUUGGAUGUUGGAGCGAUGACCCCUUUCUUCUGGUUGUUUGAGGAGAGAGAAAAGGUUAGUGUCCCAUCUUCCUUACAAAAAUAUUAUAUCUUGUGUGUUUCCAGCAUUUUUGGCUUUCGAUAUUUCUUAGCCGUUUGUGUGUUAGAAGCAUAUUAUAGUUUCUUUUGUUUGUUUCCUUUGUUGUUGAUUUUAAAGUAUGUGUACCCUAUCCGUUUCUGUUGAUACUUGGUGAUUCUGGAAAACAUUUGCCCCUUUUAAAUUUUAUAUAGCUGAUAUCCGUGGCCAUUGGGAGUGCGGAUAAACCAGCUGAUUGGGCGGCCAUAUGCUUUCAUAACAUAUAAGCAUCUCUGGGAUUAUAAAGGGGUAGUUUGGGAUUUUGAGGGCUGUACACAAGCUCCCUAGAACUGUAAGGGUAAAACAAAAGGAGGUUCCACGGGUGUAGAAAUAUGCUGUCACAUUUUACUCUACAUGGGACCAAUGUUGGGAAUAGUUUAUACAUUGCAACAAACCUACUUUCCUGUGAAUUUUAUUGGAAAGAGAGAUUGUGAGUUUCUAUCUCAUUCUCAUACACGUAGACAUAGGGGUUUCCUUACCUUGUUGUGUCAUUACAUUUUUGAGGUAAAAUGUCUUGUAAAUGUAUUGUAUUGUCUCGUAAAUGAAAAUAAUUUGUACAUUUUUUUUUUUUUUUAGUUGUUUGAGUUUUACGAGAGAGUUUCUGGAGCCAGAAUGCAUGCAGCUUAUGUACGUCCAGGAGGAGUCCAUCAGGUAAGCCGGUGCGCCAGUAGACCUAUUAUAAAGAAUCAGACAUUAUAUUAAAUAAUAAAUAUGGGUUGAAUGUUGGCCGCGUAAAGCGAGGUAUUGAAGGUAAAUAUAGUGCAGCAGAGCUACAAUAAUAUUACUUGAUGUUAUCUAAACAUAGGCAUCUCAUAUAUAUAUAUGUUCACAUUCUUUCUUUUCUGUCUCCUUCUACUCUGAGUGAUAACCUAAUAAAUGUGGUAUUGUAACACAUUGCAAUGACCUGAAAUUCUGACUCUAACUUUUUCCAUUACACACACAUCAUUUCCCAUCAUAUGUCUGUCAUCUACCCACCUUUUCUGUUGGCCUUUCUGAUAUUUGUUUGUUUUUUUAAGAACAUUGCAUACAGCUUUUACUACAAGCUCAGCGAUUUCUACUAAUUGUGGUAUUUGGUCAUUUUCAGGACAUGCCUCUCGGUUUGAUGGAUGAUAUCUAUGAAUUCAUUAAGAACUUUUCCAUCCGAAUUGAUGAACUUGAGGAGGUAAGUACUGAGCUGUUGGAUGACCGUGGUUACAGCUCUAUUUGGCUCAGAAACUGUUAACCAAAAAAAGUAUGAAAUGAAGACAUUUUCUGCAAGAAUAAUGCUGCUGUAAGUGUCCAUUUUUUUUACAAUGUCUGCUGCGUCAAGGAUCUAUUUCUUUAAUUUCCUGUGUGAUUUGCAGAUGCUGACAAACAAUCGGAUUUGGAAAAACCGUACUGUGGAUAUUGGGGUGGUCACGGCUGAGGAUGCCUUGAACUAUGGAUUUAGGUAAAAUUGAUACAUGUUCUUACUGAAAUGCUGAUGCAAGUCUUAAAGCUCUGAGGCCAAAUGCAGCAGGGAAUUGUUAAAGUAUAGUGUCCCUUUUUGUGUUGGCAUGGAAAUUGGGAUUCUGGAAACCUCUGUAGAAGACUAAUAUACAUAAAGGAGUAUUUAAUAAUUUUAAUGGCCAUUUUAUGCUAGGUCCGGAACUAUACAAAGACCAUAAAUGAUUCUAAUGGUUUUAGCACUUUUUCAGAGAACUUAAACAAAUCACCUCUGCCAAACUUAGGUGUUUGGUCAAAGAAUGUGUUAUAAUUCCUCCUGUUUGUUUGGUUCUUUUUAACCUGAUAUGCGAAGUGAGCUUUUAAUGUGUCUUUCUGUCUCGUGUCAGUGGGGUGAUGCUUCGUGGAUCUGGAAUCCAUUGGGAUUUAAGGAAGUCACAGCCUUAUGAUGUGUAUGAUCAGGUGGAGUUUGAUGUACCGAUUGGCUCUCGUGGUGACUGCUAUGACAGGUAUGUCUUCAUGUAGUAAGAGUACAUUGAAGGUUGUGGAAUGGUGUAUCUGUAAAUUGUACCUGAAUUCCCUAUAUGGAGAGAACAAUGUGUUGUGUGUAAUGUAGAAAUUAUUUAUUAUGCUAAACCCUGCAAUGCAAACAUUUUUCUAAAAACAGCACUCUUUUAUAUUGUAAUGUUAAAACUACAGGGCGAAUGCAUCCAGACCACUUCAUUAAGAUGGUUCCAGUGACUUAAAUGAUCCUUCUAGCUUUCAAGUAAUCUGCUACUAGCCAAACCUUAAAUUACUAGCCACUACACCCCCAGAAAGUCCAUGGCAUUGUCGCCAAAGGGUGCCUUUCUACUCACCAGGGAUACAUUUUAACUCUUUAGUAGCAAUUGGAAGUUUUGAUUUCGAACACAUCGAUUUUGCAAUUCCCCCUAUUUUUUUCAUUCCAAUCUUGAAUUUCCACUGGGUAUGUAGCUCGUUCAAAUUUCCCAACUUCCCAACACAUCUGUCUUUAUUUAGUACUGGGAACAUACAGAAAUGACUGCUGUUUAGCUUGCACGGUUGGGAAGCUCGUAACUGCCCGCUCUGUGCUUAUGUGUUAAACCUCAGAUAUAUAGACGUUUGAGAGACCAUAUCCUGUAUGCUGUUUGUCUGGUUUAGACCAUUUCAUUGUCAGACAUGCACUGUCUCCAUCAGUCAGGGAGUUAAAGAAAAAAAAAAUCCCUUUUUAGAUUUUGUAAAUGUAUAUAAAAUAUUUGUCUGUUGCACGCUCUGUCUGAACGGUCCUUGUCUUUUCUCCACUGUUCCACAUUUUAAUAGAUGAACUCCCAGUGAACACAUGCCUGCAUUUAAUUAUGCAUUUUCAUUGGGUGUAUGUCUAAAAAUGGUUUGCAAAGGCUGCAGAUCUCUUGUCUGCAGCUUUUGCAAACACUUCCCCCUAGUCCCCAGCCCAGACUUUCUCUGGCUGUCCAAUUACAGACUUCCCAAUGCAGCUCAGUUCGUGUUUUUGUUUUGUUUUUAAAUUAAAAUCUAGAACAGGUUCAGACCUGUUUGUAGCCUUUAUUCCAAAAUCAAGGCAUUGUUAAAGGGACACUAUAGUCACCAAAACAACUACAGCUUAUUGAAUUUGUUCUGGUGAGUAUAAUCCUUCACUUCAGGCUUUUUUCUGUAAACAUUGUCUUUUCAGAGAAAAUGCAGUGUUUACAUUACAGCCUAGUGAUAACUUCACUGGCCACUCCUUAGAUGGCUGUUAGAGAUCCUUCCUGGGUCAUGGCUGCCUAAAAUGCAUCCAAACAUUCAGUGUCUCCUCCCUCUGCAUGCAGACACUGAGCUUUCCUCAUAGAGAUUCAUUGAUUCAAUUCAUCUCUAUGAGGAGAUGCUGAUUGGCCAGGGCUGUGUUUGAAUUGUGCUGGCUCUGCCCCUGAUCUGCCUCUUUGUCAGUCUCAGCCAAUCCUAUGGGGAACCAUUGUGAUUGGAUCAGGCUACCACUUCUAAUGAUGUCAGCAGGCAGUGGGCAGGUGUAAAGGAAACAGAGCUAGCAGCUCCAGACUUGAAAACAAGUAAGAUUUUGCUAUUUUUAGGGGGGCUAGAUGGUGGUUUUAACACUAUAUAGGUUUGUGCUUGUGCUCCUGACCCUAUAAUGAUACUUUAAUUUGCAUGAUCAGUGACUGGAUUUUGCAGUCCAAAUGGCCCUUUAUGCCGCUGGGUGGUUUUUCCCGUUUGGUACAGACUUUGGUUCGGACUUUAGUAAAUUACGAUGGUCAUUGUGAAGAACUGAAAGUAGACUUGUAGAUUUUAUGUCAAAUUUUUUUUUUUGUGCUUUUCUCGUCCAAUAAAGUUUUCAUAGAUUCCCAUAGUAGAGCAUCAUUACGGACUUGAAGCACAGGAGCAGCGCUCAUGCCGUCAAAUGCUUCUCAUAGGGAAGGAACGAAUCCAGUUUUUCCCUUUCAGCAUCAUUUAAUGUUUAUAUGUUGUCACAGUGGAAGUACUUCUAUUGGCUGUCAGACCGUCUCUAUGGGUUGGUUUACUCCUUCGAUGAAAUCAUUGCACUCUCUACGAAAUGGCAUUGCUUUCAUUUAAAGGACUAAAGGGACAGGGCCACUGCACCCAGACCAAAGUGCCUUUUAUUGGUCUUUUUGUUUUUUUGUUUUCUUCUUCUAAAUCUAUAUUUAAAAACCAUGCAAUCUGCAGAAAUAUGACUUUUGAUUGUUUAAUACAGUACAGAAAGAUCUAUUUAUUUAUUUAUUUAUUUAUUUAUUUUCUUCUUUGAGAGUUCCCCUGCAUUUUAUAAACUUUCACAAUCCCCGCUCUGUGGUCGUGCUCUCACUGAAUCUUGUUUUAUGAUCUGUUUAUUCUGCACCAGGUACCUUUGUCGGGUUGAAGAGAUGCGCCAGUCUCUUCGUAUUAUCCAUCAGUCUCUCAACAAGAUGCCAGAGGGAGAGAUAAAGGUAGAUGAUGCCAAAGUGUCGCCACCAAAGAGGUCAGAGAUGAAGGUGAGACUUAUCAUAUCAUAUCAUAUCUUGCACUCACUCCUUUUGUCGGUGUCCUCAUGCUUCCCAUGUUUUUUACCUCGAUACGAUGGGUGAUUUGUUGCUGUCACCUGCUGCUAAUAAGAUUCAAUUCCUUUCUGCAGAGAUCCAUGGAAUCCUUGAUACAUCACUUUAAACUUUACACAGAGGGCUACCAGGUGCCGCCAGGAGCCACGUACACCGCAAUAGAAGCUCCAAAGGUAAGGAAGCCACAAGACACAAUUGUUCUACCAUGAAAGCAGGGAUGAAGCAUGAACAGCGUUUGUUUUUUUUUUUUGUUUGUUUUUUUACACUGAGCUAACAAAGAUAUACUUGGCACUUCACAGCUUACAUUUUAAACCAUAGCUUACAGACAAACAGGUAUUGUCUGUGCAAAAGGUAUAAAAAUAUUAAAUGCACACAUUGGAAUAUGUUCCUGUUACGUUAAAGGUAAUAUGCAGGAUAAUUUAAAAAUAGGUGCAUAUAUGAUGAUUUUUAUUAUUUAUUUUCAGUUUGCUUUGAAUUCUUAAGUUUGAAACCUUUUUAUUUCUCCCCAGGGCGAGUUUGGUGUUUACCUUGUGUCUGACGGCAGCAGCCGACCUUACAGAUGUAAAAUUAAAGCGCCUGGAUUUGCUCACUUGGUAAGAAAUUGAUCAAAUAAAUUUAUAUGCUUCUCACCUUGAACCUUUAUUGCUACACAAGUGUUUUACAACCAAUAUUGUAUGGCAGAGGUACUGUAAAUCAAUUGCUGCUGUAUUUUACAUCUAAUCAAACCGCAUUCUGUUUGUGUAAAAUGAAUUAAUUUCUCCUGAAAUGUUGGUGUAUUUGUGGCAUUUAAAGGAGACUAAACUUCAAACCCCCAAUGAACUCUGACGUCACUCUUUAAUGCUGCGUGAAUAUAUACUCAGCAGAGCAUUAAUAAUUUUAUUUCGGUCCUGCCAGGUGGAAUUCUCUCUGUAGUAAUCCCAUGUAAAUGCUAUUUCUCCUGCUUGGCUGGAUUUUUCUUUGGUGUCUUAUUUCUGGGGGCAUAAAAGAGAAAUCCUCAAAAUGCAAUGGGAAUGAUAAACUGUACAUUUUUGCCCAUGUCAGAGUGUUUUCCAAUUAUUGUGCCCAUGGACAGUCCUUAUUGGCAGAUAUUCUUCAAACUGGGUGCAACGGGUACACAAUCUGUGAGCCAUUUUUCAGUUUCUGUAAAUCUUAUUAGAUUAUAGAUACACUUGGAAUUUUCUACAAUGUAUGUUCAACCAGAAGCUCUCAUUUCAUUACCAGUACUCUACCAGGUCAAGGUCUACAUUGUACAAGAGUAUCGGCAGAUUACUUCUGUAAGGCAGUUACAUGAUCUUGGGGAAAAUACCAUUGUAAAAUACCAUCCACCGUCUAGAUGGCUAGUGACAAGAUUUUGGCAGAGCAGUCUUGUCCUCUAUUCUAUUGACAAUAUAAAAGACUUGUUUUUGAAUUAGUAUUGUUUCUCGUCCUCUCAUUGCUGCGUCAAAUCUCACAUGUGAUGCUGCCAUGAUUAUCCAGGAAAACAUAAAUUUGAUUCUAUAUUGCCAUCAUUUUCUUUUUCUCUGUCCCUUUUGGUUAAUGACUUUAAGAACUUUAUAAUAAGACUGCUAGGCCAGGAAAAAGAAAUAUAAACUUUUUAUACUUUAAAUUUACGACUGUAAAGGCUAAAUUAAUCUAUUUAACUUGUAUCCGGGUUGGUUAGGUUUGGGUUAACAAUGAUAUGUGAUGCUGCAGAAAAAUUGGAAGAAAAAUGAAAGGUGGAAUAAAUUUUCUAUGAAAUGCUUUAUUUUAUAUUAGUUCUGCGUCCUCUAAGAUGGCCACUUCAGGGGAGGCAAGCAGAUUCUGCAUGGGUCUGCCCCCACGUGAUGCUUUAUAUGUCAUUACUGCACUGCAUAGUGAUUUUAACACUAUAAGCUCAGGAAUACAGGUGUGUGAUCCUGACCUUAUAGUGUUCUUUUGAAAAAACAAAAACCACGGAUUCCCAACUAUGUGUUGGAUUUUUAAAGAGGCAUAUUUGUAUAAGCUGUCCAAAUGCAAAGCCUAUCUCGUACUUAGUUUUUCUUUUUGUUUUGUUUUUUUUUUCUAAUUAUUUUAACACUUUUUCUCUGUCUUAGGCCGGCCUGGAUAAGAUGUCACAGGGUCACAUGCUUGCUGAUGUUGUAGCAAUUAUAGGUAAGUAUUCCUGAAUGACAGGCUGUGGGGGUUUACUGAUGUAAAGUGUUUCUCAUAUGCUAUCAUGGUGCAUAUUUCCCAUAGGAACUCAGGAUAUCGUCUUUGGAGAAGUGGAUCGAUAAGCUUGCCUGGAACCUUGGAAAAGUUGAAGAUGCGGUUAAAGUCUUUGCCUCCAUUCAUUUAAUCCAUUUAAAUGCGUGUUUUGAUGUGGCUCCACCAUCCACAGUAAACUCAGCCUGUCUGUUUGUUUAUUUAAAUAUAUAAUUCCACGCUUUGUGCGAAGAAUAAAUGCCCUGAUUUGUCUACGAAA